UUCAAAUUCGAGCAUUCUCAUACCAAACAUAGCAAAAAGUUAAAGAACCCAAAAUUCUCCUACCAUUUUCCUCUCCUCCAGACCCCGAUCAUUUCUUGCUGCAAGAAAAGCUAUUCUGUCGCCGUGACUCAAGAUUUUCCCAGUUGCCAAACAUUGAGAAGUCCAAUUUCCAUGGAAGAGAUCCCAUUCAACACUUUUCACCAGCACCCAGAAACCCUGGGUCCAGAUUCGUCAGUCUCCCGGGCCUCUGACUGGGAAAAAGUUGAACCUUUGAGUCAAGAAUCGAAAGAUUCUGCCAUGAAUGAUGAGGGCGACGAGUCUUUGGUGGAUUCGAUGCUUUGUGACUCCAGAUCAAGACUAAUCCCUUCCGGGUUUACCAAAUCCAACUCAACAGAGGAAUGUGUGAUGUUUGUAAAUGCUGGAGGUGAGGCUCCAAAUGAGGUAGAUUCCAGCACGAAAUUUGUGGGUGACACAUAUUGUGAAGGAGGGAAUGUUUUCCGAACCAACGAGCCAAUAACUGAGGCUGGAGAUUGUCCAUUUAUAUAUCAGUCCGCACGAUUGGGAAACUUUUGCUAUCGUUUCAAUGAUCUUCCUCCUGGAGACUAUUUUUUUGACCUACAUUUUGCGGAGAUCAUAAACACAAAUGGACCUAAAGGAAUGAGGGUAUUCAACGUAUACAUCCAGGAACAAAAGGUUCUAUCAGACUUUGAUAUUUUCUCUGUAGUUGGAGCCAACAAGCCGUUGCAGCUGGUUGACCUGAGGGUCUCGAUGAAGGAGAAUGGAGUAAUCGUAAUAAGAUUUGAAGGAGUCAAUGGAAGCCCAGUAGUUAGUGGAAUUUGUAUUAGGAAAGCACCAAAGGUGUCAGUUCCUCAGGUUAAAAAAGAAUACCUUAAAUGUAAGAAGUGUGCUGCUGAGAUAGAAGUUCCUUCAGCCCAGAAGAAACUUAUGCAAAUGAAGUCCACCAUAAAAUACGAGAAGAAGAUAGAGGAACUCACCAUGCAGUGUCAGGGAAAGAAAAAAGAAUGCUACGAGGCUUGGAUGUCGUUGACUGCAGCAAAUGAACAGCUGGACAAGGUCAGGAUGGAACUUGACAAUGCGACAUUUAAGACACUGUCUCUAGAUCAAACUGUAGAGAAACAAGCUGAAAAUCUGAGGAAUAUCUCCAGCAGGUAUGAGUAUGAUAAGAAGCACUGGGCAGCGGCAAUCAAUAGUUUACAUGAAAAAAUAAAGGUGAUGAAAAGAGAGCAUGCCCAGCUUUCUCAUGAAGCUCAUGAUUGUGCUGAUUCCAUUCCUGAGUUGAAUAAAAUGGUUUUUGCAGUUCAGGCUUUGGUUGCACAGUGUGAAGAUCUCAAAGUGAAGUACAACGAAGAGCAAGCUAAGAGGAAGAAACUUUUUAAUGAAGUUCAGGAGGCUAAAGGGAAUAUCAGGGUUUUCUGCCGCUGUCGUCCAUUAAGUAAAGAAGAGAUAUUGACUAGCUGUACAACAGUUGUAGACUUUGAUGCAGCAAAGGAUGGAUGUCUUGGAAUUCUGACCACUGGCUCCAUCAAAAAGUCUUUCAAAUUUGACAGAGUUUACACACCAAAAGAUGAUCAAGUUGAUGUGUUUGCGGAUGCUUUGCCAAUGGUGACAUCAGUGCUAGACGGCUACAAUGUGUGUAUAUUUGCCUAUGGGCAAACAGGAACAGGAAAGACAUUUACAAUGGAGGGUACCCAGCAGAAUAGAGGAGUAAAUUAUAGGACUCUUGAGCUUUUGUUUAACAUUGCUAAGGAAAGGAGCGAAACUUUUACAUACAACCUAUCAGUUAGUGUUCUUGAAGUUUAUAAUGAGCAGAUAAGAGACUUGUUGGCUACAUCUCCAGCAUCGAAAAAGUUGGAGAUAAAGCAAGCUUCUGAAGGAUUUCAUCAUGUUCCGGGAAUUGUAGAAGCCAAAGUUGAUAGCAUUAGGGAAGUCUGGAGUGUGCUGCAGGCCGGAAGUAAUGCUAGAGCUGUUGGAAGUACUAAUGUGAAUGAGCAUAGUAGUCGAUCUCAUUGCAUGCUUUGUAUAAUGGUAAGAGCAAAGAACUUGGUGAAUGGGGAGUGCACCAAAAGCAAGCUUUGGCUUGUAGAUUUGGCAGGUAGUGAGAGGCUUGCGAAAACUGAUGUGCAAGGGGAGCGCCUGAAGGAAGCACAAAAUAUAAAUAGAUCACUUUCAGCUCUUGGAGAUGUCAUAUCUGCUUUGGCAACUAAAAGUAGUCACAUCCCAUACAGAAACUCCAAAUUGACACAUUUACUUCAAGACUCAUUAGGGGGGGACUCCAAAACUUUGAUGUUUGUACAAAUCAGUCCUUCGGACCAGGAUUUGGGUGAGACUUUGAGUUCUUUAAAUUUUGCAUCUCGGGUUCGAGGGAUUGAGUUGGGCCCUGUGAAGAAGCAGAUUGAUACUAGCGAGCUUCAAAAGGUGAAAGCUAUGCUUGAAAAGGCAAGGCAAGAAUCCAAAUCCAAAGAUGAAUCUUUAAGGAAGCUAGAAGAGAACUUACAGAACCUAGAGAGCAAGGCAAAAGGCAAAGAUCAGUUUUACAAAAACUUACAGGAAAAGAUCAAAGAACUUGAAGGGCAGAUUGAGUUGAAGACAGUCAUGCACAGCCAGUCUGAGAAACAAGUUUCGCAAUUAUCUGAGAGAAUGAAAGGGAGAGAGGAAAUCUGCAGCAAUCUCCAGCAAAAGGUCAAAGAGUUAGAGAUCAAGCUUAUAGGACAACAGCAGUCAGAAUCUGCAUCUUUCCAGCAGAAGGUUAAGGAGCUUGAAAACAAGCUCAAAGAGCAAUUGCAAGAGUCAGAGUCUCAUACUAUCAUCCUUCAACAUAAGGUGGAUGAGCUGGAGAGAAAGCUGAAAGAGCAGGAACAAAAUUCAGAGUCCGUCUUACUUCACCAAAAGAUUAAGGAGCUUGAAAACAAGUUGAGGGUGCAAGAGCAACAAUUGCAGUGUACUCAUGAUUGCACUGAUGCAGUUAGGGCUACUCCUAAUGAAGGAAAAACCUAUAUAAGAGAUGAAUUCAUGAAUGAGAUUGAGCAUCGUAUUCUGAGAAGUUCAAAUUCAGUAAACCGCUCAAUGAAUCAAGGGUCUGUAAGAGGAAAUGAUUCUCUCCAUGAGACGAGGAGGAAAAGAGAGCAGUUGAGAAGUGCUGAUACAGAGAACAAUAUAUUUGUACCCUCUUCUUUAAAUGAUACCAAGGCUACUAGGAAAUCUGAUCCACCUAAAAUUUCAAGGGUCAUGAGAACAACAAAGCUAGUCACUGCUGCUCAAGGGCCCUUGACUCACAAGAGGACUAGCACCAGCAGAGAUCAGGCUCAAGGGGUGAAGGAGAGGGAUGCCAAGAAGAAGAUUUGGUCUAGAUAGUGAAGCAAGCUCAACAGAAGUGAACAUGUACCUUAUGUCGACUUCCUUUUUACAUUUUUCUUUUAAUGUUGUUAUGUUACACAUGCCUUUCUGUAUUCAAUAUCAUAUUCUGUACAAUCAUCAAGUGAUAGUUGAAUUCUAUUGUCAAAUCCAAAGAAGAAAUGAAAUUCUUUUGUUUGUUUUUUGAAAUA